CACUGCUGUUUCGCGCACGGGAUUUUGGGAGCUGUAGUGGCUGUAGGCAGCUGCGAGUGAUUGUAAUAAGUUAGUAUGAGUCAGAGGGAAUGAACCAACACACGAAACUUGAAAGGUGAGGUAGCUGCCUGCGGUAAGCACCGUGUGCCAACUUGUGACAUCUUCUCGAACUCCGAAAUACUAUGAAGAUGGUGUUGUCGCAGCGACAGAGGGAAGAGCUGAACAAAGCCAUUGCAGACUACUUGGCGUCCAACGGAUUUGUGGAAGCUCUAGAGUCCUUCAAAAAGGAGGCUGAUAUGCCUGGUGACAUAGAUAAGAAAUAUGCCGGCCUCCUGGAAAAGAAAUGGACAUCAGUGAUCCGACUACAAAAAAAGGUUAUGGAUUUGGAGUGUAGGCUGUCCGAAGCAGAAAAGGAAUACUUAUCGGGAGCUCCCUCGCGGGAGAAGCGUUCGCCCGGGGAGUGGAUUCCCCGUCCGCCAGAGCGCCACUGCUUGGUGGGCCACAGGGGCCCCAUCACUCGAGUGCUGUUCCACCCUGUCUACGGCGUGGCCCUGUCCGCUUCUGAGGACUCCACGAUCAAGGUCUGGGACUAUGAAACCGGUGACUUUGAGAAGACCAUCAAGGGUCACACGGACCUGGUGCAGGACAUUGCGUUUGACCACACGGGAAAGCUGUUAGCCUCCUGCUCUGCAGAUAUGAGCGUGAAGCUGUGGGACUUUGAGACGUACUCAUGCCUACGGACUAUGUGUGGUCACGACCACAACGUGUCAUCUGUGUGUUUCAUGCCGAGCGGAGAUCACCUAGUAUCCUCUUCGAGGGACAAGACAAUUAAGAUGUGGGAAGUGGCAACUGGGUACUGCGUGCGAACGUUCACAGGUCAUAGAGAUUGGGUGCGCAUGGUUCGAGUCAAUGCAGACGGCUCCCUACUUGCUUCGUGCUCCAACGACCAGACUGUACGCGUCUGGGUGGUGAGCACCAAGGAAUGCAAGCUGGAGCUACGCGAACAUGACCAUGUUGUGGAAUGUGUGGCUUGGGCACCUGAAAGUGUCCAGAGUGCCCUGGGAGGCGACAACAGAGGCGGUUCUUCCGGUCCUUUCCUCGCCUCGGGUUCCAGGGAUAAAACCAUCAAGCUAUGGGACGUGAGCACCGGACAGGCCCUUUUCACGCUGGUUGGCCACGACAACUGGGUGCGAGGAGUUAAAUUUCACCCCGGAGGGAAAUAUCUGCUGAGCACCUCCGACGACAAGACCCUGUGUGUUUGGGAUCUGGCUCACCGUCGUUGCUGCAAGACACUCGAAGCACAUGCCCACUUUUGCACUUCAUUAGAUUUUCACCGCACGGCUCCUUACGUGGUGACUGGGAGCGUCGACCAAACGGUUAAAGUCUGGGAAUGCCGCUAGCCUGUGGUGGACUUAAAUUGGAAGAACACUGUACUCUAGGCUUGAAGCACACACACACUGGCGCUUUCCGAGCUCAGCCGCUAUUCUCUUUCUAGAGUUGUAAAUACUGUGUUUCACCCGUUUUAUAUUUAUUUUCUUGCGGGUAUACUUGUUUUUCUUUUUUUUCUUCAUUUGGCCAUCUGUGGCACAUAGUCACCUCUGGAAGUGAUGUGCGCAAAACACGUUUCCUCCCAAAGUAGACUGCUUCUCCCUCCCUGUAUUUUUUCUCCUCGAGCAGUGUAUUUAUAGAGACCGUUGGCUUAGUUUGGCCUCUGUGUACAGCUUUCUGUUGCCAUAGAUCUUGACUGCUGUCAAUUGACCUGGCUGAAAAUUGCUGGUGCGAUUUAAUAAAUGAGCAUUGUCAGUGAA